AUCAUGGAGCAUGAUGAGAACUGAAAUGAACAUCCGGAAAAAAGAAAACUGGCCAGGAAAAAGAAAAAAAUGGAACUUGACAGUUCUAACCUCAGCGGCUCCCAAGAUGAUUUGGAUUUGUUUAGGCAAGGUAUUCAGACAGAAAAUGACAGGCUAUUACAGCAUGAAAAUCAAACACUUCUUGACCAGGUGAGAGAGCUAAAGGAUGAAAAUGGACGACUCUUCAAACUCCUGAGUGAAARGGAUUUUGAGAUUAAACACCUGAAGAAGAAAAGAGAAGAGGAAAGGCUGGCCUUAGCAGGCACAUCAGGCUUUGCAGGGGCUGUAGCUGCAUCCAAGAUCGUUGAGCUUUCCAAGAAGAUUAGGGAGCUAACUGCUGAAAUUGAGAGCGAGAAGAUUAAGUCCAAGCAAAGCAGCAACAGAAUCAAAGAGCUUGAGAAAGAGCUGCAGACCAUUGGGAUACAUUCUCAAUCUGGGCAGAAGACUGACUCAAAGUUACUGGAUAAGAGCUCAUCUGGAGAAAGUGAGCAGGAAAACCCAGAGAUCAGACCUCUGCAGGAAAAGUUAGCAGCUGCUCAGUUAAAAGUAGCUGAAUAUCGCAACCAGAUUCAAUCCACCAAACAAGAGUUGAGAGUUGCUCAGAAGGUAAUAAUAAGUGAGGUUGGAGAAGAAGUCAACCUUCAACAGUUGCUGAACUGCCCUGGGAGCUUUAGAGGAAGAUCACAGCAAAUACUGUCUCUCAAAACAAGGGUUCGAGAUCUGGAGCAGCAGCUCAACCAAGUGACUCAGCAAAGACAAUCRAGUGUCGUCAGUGUGGAGGAAGAGUUUCUGGGCACUGGUGUCCAUCAGAAAACUCCCCCCGAAGACAGGAACCUCAGCUACAUCCGCACCAUUGAGAAAGGGAAGAGAGAAGCAUUUGAGAGGAUCUCAGCAGAAUAUGAAGCACUACUGAAAGAACACGAGGAUGUGAAGAAAAGGCUGGACGCUGCUAAAGCCAGGAACAGAAUUCAGUCUAAUGAAAUACAAACUUUGAAGGUCCAGAACACCACCUUGUUGGAGAAGAAUAAACACGAUGCUGAGCUUUUGGGCGUUACAUUGAAGCAGCAGAAUCAGAUGCAGACAAUGCUGAAGCAACUCAGCCAACAGCAGAAAGAUUACAAACACAAGCCAAAGCAUCAUCUGAGCUGUGAGCCUUCAGAGCAGAACAGACUGAUCCAGAGCCUGAAGCAGGUGGUUGCUGAGAAAGACRCCAAGAUCAGUGAGCUGCAGAAGAGACAGCAACAUUCCAACAAGGGUGAGCAUGUGGACAGACAGUCAAGCUGCAGUUCAAGAUUCUUACCAGAAGAUGGAGACAUUAACAAGAGAAUCCCUUCUUCAGAUUCAAUCUCUAAAUAUGGUCAUAAAUUGGUGACACCUGCAGUCGGGACUGGGUUAGAUAACAAGAGCUUAAGUUCUUCAAAAUGUCCACAAUGUUCAGCUGAUGUGAGUGCACUGAUGACCCAGAGCAGUGAAUAUAAACUCCUCUGUGUGGAGAAGGACCGACUCUUUGAGCUAGUUCAAGUCCUGCAGAUGAGGGAUAAAGAGAUGAACCAGAAAUGUUUGGAGGCACAGAAAAAGUACCAGGAGGCGCGCUAUGAGACUGUGUUUCUGGAGCAGGAGUUGGAGMGGAUGAAAAUAGAAGGAGUCAACCAGCACAAUUAGGACUUGUACCAAGCCUCGGUAACAGCAUGAUAUGAAAAUGUGAAGGAUGUUUUUGUUACUUGUGACUAUCAGAACUCUAUAGGAACCAGAAGUCACAAAGCAACAGGAAGUGUUCAUAAACACACUGAACAAAUUGUCCAGCUGUUGGCUUUUUCACCCUAACUUUUACAACACUGCAGAUACCUUAAGCUGGUUCUGAAAUCAAACAUGAUAGUUUUUUGUUUCCCCAGCAGGUAUAAAAUUUUAACCAGAUAACAGAAAUAAUGUGUGGCAAAGGAGCUCACUGCUGGCAGACAGAGAUCAUAUCUGUCCAUCACGUCUUGGUUCGCACUGUGUUGUUUUCGUUGCUCUUGUAUGUCAUCCCCAGCCGGGUCGCUCAGCCGGUGGAAGCCCGAGCUCCGAGGGCGUCCCGAAAGAGCGCUCUCCAUCCUGACCUGCAACUUUACGGUGACGCGACGCGACAAGUCGAGCAUGUUUCCCUGGAGGCUCUGUGACAGCAGCGAGGCACUAACCGAGCGAACUGGCUGCUCCCUGCUUAAGCUCACUUGCACAUUCUCCUGUCACAUGUGACAAACAGCAGCCUGCAGGAAACAAGUUCUCCUCUUCAAUUGUAUAGAAAACACAUGGGUCUCUCACCUGCUCUUCAGCUUAUAAUGAUUAGUACUGGUUUCCGUGUGAGAUAUGCUGAACUUGACUGAAGUGCUUUGAGUGGCAAGGCUUUCAGCGUUGCCCUGAUGGCAGCAGACACGAGGUGAUACUGAUCUGAGAAACCCUUGGCAGUAAUAGGACCUCUUGUGGUUUCAUAUUGUGUCUGCUUGUUGUUUUUCUACUGUCACAUCUUAUUAAGUAAAUGCUACUAAAGUUUUCCUCUGCUGGUAACUUGAUGUGCAUUUUUUUUACUCACACUGACGCCAGUCAUUUCUGCUUUUUAUGUAAAUGUUUUCAACAAGCAAACAAAGAAAAAAAAUGUCCAAUUUGGUCAAUAAAACGUGAACCCCAUCUUCAAAAAAUGAUUUAAAUAUAUUGUUUUUCUAAAUAGUAAUGACCUACAGUACAUUUUGUCUAAAUGUAAGUUUUUUUAUUGUGUGUUUGCUUGUCUGUAGCGUUAGUAAAAUAUCUUGUGAAUCAGCGGGUGGAUUUUAAUGAAACCUGCAGAAAGCGAUCAAACAGAUUGACUUUUGGAGUCAACUCAGUUUGAACAUGGCUGCCACAGCUAAGUGAAUAUACAAACACAAAAAUAACUAUAAAUCAGCCUAAUUUUAUAGUUAUUGAGCUAAUUUGGCAUGAAAGUAGCUGAAGAUCAUUUCCAACAAAUACUUUCUGUUAUAAUAUCUUGUUGUCCAACGUAUGGGUUUUACCACUUAUUUGAGCAGCUGAUUAACCUUUGGAGGCAAUCAAAUAUCCUGAGGAAACAAGGAAUGGCUAUAAGUCUGUCAAUUUAAAAUACAUUGAGUUAAAAUUUGGUGUGGUAGCUGAGAGUCRUUUAAAACAUACUCUGAGUGCUGUCACGUCUUCUGUGAUACUGUACAAAAUAACACGACACAACAAUACAGCUCUAACCUCCUUCAAGUAAUACAGGCCUUUAAUUUCAUGCUGUUUUUGGCAGCAAAUAAACUUGUAUUUUUAAGAACGAGUUCAGCCGCACUCCCCUCAAAGUUCAACGUAACUGCAAAAUAUUACUAAUUAUUUCUGACUUGUGUGGGAAUAUAGGCUGAAAAUGACUUCGAACUCAGGAUCCAUGAAUUCAGACUGCGGUCCUUACAUUUCCCAGGGCGUGGCACACAUGUACASUAUGUGAUCUUAGCCACUCACAUCCGAGGACUGUCUGGACACGGCUGAUGGGAGUGGCCCUUAUACAUUCACACAAACAUCAGAGUUAUUUUCUUCCAAGGCAGUCAAAAGGGUUUCAGCCUACCCCCACCACCCUCCUCCUUUGCCCCCCCUCCACAUCACGCUUAAUUUAAAACCAUAGCUGACUUAGUGUGCUGAUUCAAAUACCGCACUAUGUCUUCCAGCACCCUGUGGGAGAUUGGCAGGUCCCCUUUGGACUUGGUGAGAAAGUGCCACAAGACAAAAAUAUCAGUUUGGACAUGAUGAAGAAAGCCUUUAAGYUCAGAGUAACAAAAACCAGCUUGUGCUGAAUAACUCCUGGACAGAAKGAGAGGCAACCUUUUAUGUGACAUAGUUCAAUGCAUACUAUGAUUGGAGGAAAAGAUGAGAAAUCGGAAGGUUCUUCUAAUAAAUGUAUAGAUGUUAAUUAGAAAAGUGCUGCUGGAGCAAAAAUUUCAUCUGAUUAUGGGGAAAUGUUCAACUUCGGAUUCUUCAGCAAACAACUUUAGAUGAAAUGCACAUUCMGAUUUUUUUAUACAUUUAUUUUGAUUGGUAUCAUAGUUGAUAGGAACAAGUCCAGCGCUGCCAACCUUUCAAAAUAAAGUUUUCCACUCCUGAGGUUACUGUGUAUUUUCAGUUAAUUCCACAGCCUAAUUUGACUACUCUUGUUGACUUCAGUUAUUUAAGAGUGUCAUCACCUUCAAAUAAAUUACACUUCACCAUA